CAAUCGCCCCAUGGACAGAUGUCAGCCUCCGCCUGGUUGGUCAUGACCGUGCCAGGUUCCCUUCUAGCUGCGAUCGUUUCUGGCAUCUACGUCUACCAUUCUCUAAUUAGGCCUCACCAGACGGAGGAAAAUUUUCACGAACAGGGGGCCAUCAUGAUCAACGCCCGAAGGAAGCUCCGAGGACUGGAAGCACCAACAAUGCUCAGCUCUUUGUUCAUCUGUUACACGAUCUUCUUCAUCGCACUGUACGGACGGUUCGUCAUAGAAGGAUUACGAAUCAAGGAAGCACUUCUGACGGGGCUCACCAUCGGUGUCGUCCUGGGAACAGUAGCGAGCCAUCUAUCCGGAGUCUCCCACCUUGCGGCGGCACAAAUAUGGAGCCGACUUCCAUGGGGGAUUGUCAUCACCUUUGGCGCUGUGCAGGUUACGUCCAAGGUUGUUGAGCGGUACGACCUAUUGAAGGCGCUGUUCAAGCUGCUCGACUCGUCUUUUUGGGAGACAAGAUCACCGAUCCAAGUGCAGAUCAUCCUUACCGCGAUAUCGUCCGUACUGGCGGAGGCCGUCGACAACAGGACACUUAGCCGACUCAUGAUGCCCAUCGUUACUCACAUCGCGACGGCGACUGACGCGCCCCCGAUGUACUACGGGAUCCCGGUCGUCGUGGCAGCCUCCAGCAACGCCGUCAUGCCCGUGUCUGUCACGAUGGUCGUCCUGCACGAGCUCACCAGGAUCCCAUGUCUGCAGCUGUUCUACUUGGGCCUCCUGGUGAAGAUACUCCUCGUUGUCGCCACCUUGGCCACCGUCAACGCAGCGGGGCCCAUUAUGUUUAAUUGGUGGAAGAUAACGCCCGGCUCAAUAUUUACAUGACGAUAGCCAAAUAUAUA